AGUUUAAAGAAAUAAGCAGAACAGGAAGUUGUCUUUUCAAUCGCUUUAAAUUUGCAAAUUUGUUAAUAAUGUUCCCCUUUUCUUCAUUUUUUGUCAGCGCAGGAUGUUGGCCGGCCCGUUUUGUCUUUUUAACCAGUGGAGUAAACACGCCUUGCCCACAGGACUCAAGUUACGCCUACAGACAAGGAGGCAGGUUCACACAGUCCACGAUCUCGGGAUGAACACCUGAGUAUCUUAGAGAGAGAAACUUGUCUGAGAGCUUUGUUGGAUUGACUCUUCAAGCAGUAAUGGCCACUGCCCGGCUUGAUUAUGUGGCUCCGUGGUGGACAUACUGGCUGCACAAUUUCCCUCACUUCAAUUUUCUUUUCCAGCCGGUCGACAACACUUUUAGACCGGAGGAGGCGAGCUAUCAGCAGUCUCUGAUAUGUCUGGCUUGUGCUGUCGGUCUUGGUCUGAGCCUCCUUGCUCUGGCCGUGUACUUUGUGUGCUUAUGCUGCUGCAGACGGAGCCUGGAUGAAGAAACCAAAUGGCCUGAUACCUGUUGUGUCACUUGGGUCGCAGUUAUUACAUGUCUCAUAAUAUGUUCUGCUGUAGGAGUGGGUUUCUAUGGGAACAGCGAGACCAAUGAUGGGAUCUACCAGCUGACCUACUCUCUCUACAACGUCAAUCACACUCUGGAUGGUAUCAACAGUCGGGUUGCAGGAGCUCGAAGCAAUGUGGAAGCUGGACUUAAACAGCAUCUAGAAAGGCUGGAUGAGAUCUUUGCCACAAGGACUGAGUACCUCCAAGCUUUGCGCUUUCUGCAGCUUAUGGUCAACAACAUCAUCCGUGAGCUGACGGCUCUGCCAGAUAUCAGCAAAACCAAGAUUGACUUGGCAGCCUUUGCAGACCAGACUGCUUUCAUUGAGUAUUACAGAUGGCUGACUUAUCUGCUGCUGCUGAUCCUUGAUCUGGUCAUCUGCUUGGUCAUGUGCUUGGGGAUAGCUAAGCAUUCUCAAUGUCUGCUGAUCACAAUCAUUGGUUUUGUGGUACUAUCCUUGAUUCUAAGCUGGGCUUCACUAGGAACUGGCACUGCGACAGCUGUGGGCACAAGCGACUUCUGUGUGUCUCCAAAUAAAUUCAUUGUUAACCAAACUAAGGAUUUCCUCACUGCAGAUGUUGCACACUAUUAUUUGUUCUGCAGUCCAAAUCUACAAAACCCCUUCCAGCAGUCACUAACAGUCUGCCAGCGCUCUCUUACCACUAUGCAAAUCCAGAUCCAGGGCCUGCUGCAGUUCUCCCUGCCCAUUUUUCCCACGGCUCAGAGAGACCUUUUAGGGAUCCAGCGGCUGUUAAACUCCACAGAGUUCAAUGUUCACCAGCUAACAGCUUUGCUUGACUGCCGCGGGAUACAUAAGGACUACCUGGAUGCCUUAAUGGGUGUGUGCUAUGAUGGAGUGGAGGGGCUCCUCUACCUCUCUUUGUUUUCUCUUCUGGCUGCCUGCGCGCUCUCUGCAAUGCUGUGUGUAAUUUUCCGACUGUGGACAUUAAUGGGCAGCAGGGAGAAAGAGUACAAUGACAUCGAUGAGGAAGACCCGUUCAACCCUCAAGCACGCCGGCUGUCGUUUAAUCCCAGAAGGUCCAACACGCACAGUUUCUGCAGCUACAUGAGCAGCCUUGGCAGCCAGACUAGCCUUCAUCCACCUCCUCAAUCUUCUUCUAAUUCCACAAUACAACCUCCUGAAUAUAUGAAUCAGUCCAUGCUGUUUGGAGGAACCCCUCGAUAUGAAAAUGUGCCACUUAUAAGGGGAGGAUCGCCACCUCCUUUGUAUUCACCCAGUAUGAGGACAACAUACCUGUCCAUGACUGAAGCCCAGAACAGACACUUGAGAACUGAUUUCUAGGUGUAAGCUGAUGCCUCCCAAACCCUCCUUCCUGCAUCAAUCUAAGCAAAUGAGCUCCUGCUGAGAAAGCUGUCUUCAUGACAUAAUCCUAUUUACGGGAACAACUGACUUUUGUCCGAUCUCAAGCAUGAAAGCAGGCCAUAUGAGACAGAUACUUCAGUUAGACUGCAGUACACUGCUUGAAGAGGCCUUUUGAACAGUGAUUGCUUUUAUGUAAAUCCUACAACUGAAAUUGAAACAUUUCUGUCAGUCAGAUUCAGAAUUUUUAAAUGAAAUAAUCCAGCAAUGUCUUUUUUAAAUGUCAUGUGAAAAGCUUGAACAAUCAUGAAGGAGUAUUUUGGUUUUGAUGGUAAAUGAGCAGUAGAACUGACUACACUGGGAAAUACUAUGUAUGAUUGACAGCAGUGUGGUAAUGUUUUGACCUUUUAGUGACCUAAAAUGGUGCAAUGUUACACAAAACAUUAACUUUUCUAACUAUUACCUGCAUAUGUAAUGGAAACUGUACCAUAUCUUGUAAUUUUGUUUAAAUGAGCCAAAGAUGUCUUUAAUCGAAAAGUCCAAUUGACACACCAGAGGGGUUUUAUGUAACAAAUGAGGAUGUAGAUGCAUGUGUGAAAUAAAAUUGACAUUUAAAUCCUAA